CCAAAAGUUGCAGUCCAAUGAAUGAUCGCCAAAGGUAUGAUGGUUGGAUUAAACGAACCAAUCUAUUUCGCACACACAAUGAUGAUAUUAUAUGCCAUAGGUAUAUAAUAGACUUUGCGAUGAUGAAAAACAAUUGUCAAAGACAUGGAAAACAGUGGGUUACUAAGACUUCUGUGUGUAGCGUCGGUCACAUUAAUGGUGCAUGCGGCACCAAGUCGGAGUGUUACUGAUGACAUUGCCGUUUUGAAAGAGAGAAUGGACAGACAGACGCUUGCUACUACGGCUCUGAGGGCGAAAGUCGGCGACCUGGAACAGAGCUUUAGACAAUCACUUAGUUUGACAUCACAGUUAAUUAAAGACGUGAACCAACAGCUUACAGCUAGGUCAACUAGUGUUGCCUUCUUCGCGCGUCUUGACAAAAGCUACGAGAAUAUUGGAGCAUGGGAGACGAUUGUGUUUAAAACGGUGGUUACCAACGAGGGUGGGGCAUACGAUGGAAUAACGGGUGUAUUCACCGCACCAGUGAAUGGGACUUACGUUUUUUAUUCAAAUAUCAUGACGAAAGAAGGAACGUCUAUUGAAACAUCGCUCAAGGUAAAUGACAUCAACAAACUGUACCUUUAUUCCGGAGGACCAACCGGUUUCUAUGGCCCUGGCAGCAAUAUGGCGGUUCUGAAUCUGAACUCUGGGGAUAAAGUUAAGAUGGUGAAACAUGGGCCUUGGGGAUCGGAGCCAUUCUACAUUCAUGUUAACUGGAGUACUUUCUCUGGCUUUCUACUUAAUACAAGCUUCUAAAUUACAAAUGUGUUUUAAAGAAAACAUUGGUUUCAUUUUUUUAUAAUGGUGAACAUCUGUUAUUUGUGCGGUAUUCAGUUGUGUUUUUGUUACGAAAAAUCUCACUAUAAUCAUGUUUAAAUGUUAUUUUGAAUAUAAGCUGUACUAAUAUUUCAAGUGUGCACUAGAUUUUUUAAUAUAAUUUACAAAAUCAUCAGAUUCUUCUUGUCACGCAUCAUCACAGGUUUACUUCAUUUGUGUUUUAAUACAUGUUUGAUACAUCGUUUUGAAUGCAGUCAGGUAAAUAGUCUAUUAUACUCAUUCAAAGUAUUUAUACUAUUUUAGCGUUUAUAUUAAAUACAAUAUACUUAAUAAACAUCAAUAUAUGUAGUGUUAAAUUUAUAGUUCUGUAUCUUUGCUAAUGCUUCUUUUAACAGCAUGCUGUUUUUUAGUAUGCAAUAAUUUUAUAUUUACACCUCUGCUUCCAUUCCUUAUAUGAACUGCCUUUCGGCAAUUGCGUUACUCAAUCGAUGAACGCAACAUCUUCGAAUAUGUUUGGAUCGCAAUUCAUCGCAUAACAAUUUACAUUAAAACUAUUGAUCUUAUUAAUGUUUGUAUUGUGGCAACAGGUCCCGUAGAAUAUAAAUAAACAUUUUAUAGUAUUAUAUUAUUAUAUGAUAAAUGUAUUGUUGCCAUCAUUGUUUCAAUUUUACGUUCAAAAGUGAUUUCCGGUGGUUGAUCUUUUCCCUCGGCAUUGUGACGUCAUUUGAAAAAAAAUGUUUUCGGUUACAUUCGGGUCUUUUUAUUUACAGAAUCGGAAAGAAAGGAUUAGUGAAAGGUUUCCUUAAGUCAAAUGAAGUAUUUUUCUUUACAAUUCUUGAAUGAAAUAAUGAACUACUGGUGUAAAUAUAAGUAAUGAAUUGCGGGAUUGAUGUCAUUAUCGGAGAUAUGAACGCAAUUGUGCUGGUCAAAGUACGCGUUGACUCCACACAGUUUACCCAGCCCAAUUGCGUUCAUACCCCAAUAAUGACAUCAACCCCGCAAUUCAUUCCUUAAGAAUGCUAAUAUGAAAGAUACUUUUUUAUGUAUUUAACAUCCACAUUUGCUCUCUUCUUGUGCUAUUACACUGUCGUUUCACCAUCUCUGUGAAACCUCCACGCAUAUUGUAAGUUGUAUUUGAAUGGUUAUGAAGGUUGAUACAUUUUUAUCUUAAUCAAUGUUCUAUUAUGUGAUAUUAUGUUUCACACUUUUCAAGUAAUUCUGUAAGCAUUAGCGGGUUAUUAAUUGAACGUCGAAUGUUUGUUUAAUAAAAUCAAAUCUUUGUUAUAAGAAGUAACAGCUGUAGAUGUACUUUUCACAUUAGGCAUGUGUUUUUUCUACAAUAAAUGUUUACAUUGAAAAA